CGGGGAGCCUCCUAUGACGAAAAUAGAGCUGAAAUAGAUUUUGAACAUGUUCAAAGUAUCUCUAUCGUCAUACGAUUUUAUUACCUUCAUAGCAGACUUCAUUACGUCCACUUUUUUCUACUGUUGACGUUAAAGAUUCAUAAAUUUUUAGCAUGUUGUAAUAGUUUCAGUUUCCCCAGAUAUUGUCGAUGUUGACGAAAAAGGAAACUAUAUCAGUCUCAACUGUUCACAAUAGCAACUAGAGAACAGCUCGCCUGUAGGAGAGCCUGCCUUCAAGGCUAGGCUUUCCACGUGUCAGAUUCAGUAUCACGCACAGGUGAUGCAUACAAUUGUUUGAUGGCUACAUACACGUGGCUUCAUACUUAGAUCAGAUCUCAGCUCUCGUCGGUCUCGGGUUAACAUAUCAUCAGAAAAAAGCAUAAUAUGAUUUUCGAAAAAGCAUAAAGCUAAUUCAUUUGUUUUUAUGAUAAACGUUUAGCAACCAAGAUCACAACAUUUUACUCAAUGUUUGAUUUACUUUAUAUCAUAGCUACCUACCCUUAAAACAAAAGCGAAAUAACUCAAUCUGAGCUCGGUGUUCAUUGCCUUCAGCAUUUGGAUCGUAAACAAUUUCGACCUUUGGCAUUUUCUUUGGAGUAGCGACAAUUAUGAUCGUUGGUUUGCAGACAUAGCUCAUUAAGUUUUAAUUUGUUUCCCAGAUAUACAAAUCUUGCUUUUAUUGCACUCGGCUUCUUUGGUAGUGCCUCGGUCGUAAUAACCUACACACAGUGACAUUAAGAGGGCUUCUAAUAUUAAUCUAAAACAUGGGUUCCAAAACUAUUCAAAUACAUAGGUUCGUCUUUUUCUAGUUUCUUGGUGAUGUUGACAAUAUAGUUUGAGAUGUAUUUGUAUAAUACAUCUAUGGUAUGAUCAAAUGAAUUUCUCAGUACAUGUGGUAGGCAUAGAUUCAAAGUGAGGAAACUUUUAAACCCCACAAAAACUGACCCGGAGAGAAGGCUACCUCGACAUCUGCUUGAAGAUAAACGCGCGUCCGGCCGGUGCACCUGUGAUAGUCAUAGAAAGGACCGUUUACUCCACACUCCACUUUCUAUACACAUCCCCAAUGGGACAAGUGGAAAGGAUGUCGAUUCUUCUCCCGACAAAAACGACUUUCCACAGGGGAUACACAAACACAAUAGGCCAUCCCGCGGGGCAUUCAGGUGCGCCACAACAGACCAAUGGUGAAGUGUCACCGCUAUCCACGUACUCAGCACUGCGACGGAAUUCAAGCGCGUCACGAAUUUAUCACCGUCUCCUUCCGCACGACAUCACGACACGGCUUGGAGUCAAUAGAUUGCCAGGAGGACAGCGUUUCUCUAAGACAGGCCGAACAACACCGUGAUAUAUCUGUGUUGUGAACUCAACACAACCUUUUCUGCUGAAAAGAACCGGACAGGUAAACAAUGGGUGAUAAAGAGGUGCUAAUAGGUAAGAAGCCCUCGUUGUCGAGGCGAUCCUCUCAGCAGAGAUUGAGAAAGAAACGCCCGAGCGUGUCGACCAUCUCGGAGACCGGUUCUCUGAGUGUUGACGGUACAGCGCUAGUGAGACUUCCCCUGCCCGUUGACAGACAGCAUCGACCAGUCAUGGAUAAGCUGUCGAGACAGGUGUCCAUCAUGAAGUCCUCGGGUGCGGGGAAGCGCGGUUCGGGGAGGAAAGUUUCCAUUCUGGACCCAAAGACUCUCUCUGAAGGUCCGGUUGAAGGAAUCAAAAACCCGGCGUUAGACGAGAGUGCCGAGACGCAAGAAGAACCUGCUGCCCAGGCGGAGUCGGAAAACCCUCCAGUUGAAGAGACAGCCGUACCGGACGCAGGAGAAACUGGAACCGGGAGUAAAACAGGCCAGGACGACAGAACUGAUGGUGCAGAAAAUGACAAGGAGGGGGGCAAACAGGAGGGCAAAGUAGAGGACGGGCAACAAAAUGAAGAAGCGCAAGAGGACAAGUCUAAAUCUUCUGACAAGAAAAAGUCUAAGAAAGAGAGCAAGAAGGAGUCGAAGAAGGAGAAGAAAGAGAGUAGGUUAAAGUCGUUUAAGAAAUCCUUCUUGAGGAAGAGCUCGAAGAAGAAGGACGAUGACGAGGAGGCCGCUGAAAAAGCAGAAGCUGACAUUCCCCUUGUAGAUAUAGACGCAGCGGAGGCGCAGCAGCAGAGCCACAGGAAGAAGGGCAAGCGGCCGUUCGUCAUCAGGAGGGGAGGGGACGACGACGAGAUGAAGCAGGUCAUCCCGUACAUGCCCCUGCCGCUCGCCAUCGUCUGCUGCCUGCUCAACAUCUUCCUACCAGGAUUCGGCACGUUACUGUCCGGGUUCUCCCUGCUGUGUAAGUGGGGAGUCAGGGACCCGAACGCCGGGCCGAACCAGAAGGACGAGGACCUGGGGCACGCCCUGUACCUGAACGUGGUGGUGGCGCUGUCCCAGAUGAUCACCAUCACCUUCAUGCUGGUCGGCUACUUCUGGAGCGUCGCUUGGGGAGCGCAGAUGGUCAGGAUGGCCAUUGAACUGCGCCGCUGGAAGAAAGGGCAGCCCCAGUUUAAGGGCCAGGUGAUGCCCCAGGAUGAUGAUGAAGGUGCCCCAAAGACCCAGGCCAGCACCAAGGGCAGGCAGAGUUCGCAGGGCGCCGCCGCCAUUCCCUGACCACACUGUACAAGGCGGCAGUUUAUGUACGUUCUAAAAAUAUCGCAAAGAAUUAUAAAUUCAAGAUGCAGAAAUUUAGAAAAAAACAAAACAACAACAAAAAACAGCAACGAG